AUGCUUGAAUACUGGCGACCUGACAAUUAUGAGAAGCCUGAUAAUGUCUUCCAGUACAAGAGCUCCACGAACCUUUUCGAAUUUAAGAAGGCUAAAUCUGUUCCGACGAGUCUCACGAUAUCACCGUCUGGUUCUCAAUUUGCGACGUUCUCUUUUCCGGACCGGAAAGUUCGUGUUUUUGAUUUUCCAACCGGGAAGCUGUACCGAACUUAUGACGAGUCUUUACAAACCAUUGAAGAGAUGCAGCAAGCUGGAACUGCCCUCCAGAAGCUCGAGGACCUUGAAUUCGGUCGUCGUCUUGCUACGGAGCGAGAAAUCGAAAAUCCGGCGAUGCAAAACAAGGCUAACGUUAUUUUCGACGAGACGGGACAUUUUAUCAUCUAUGGAUCUAUGUUGGGGACGAAGGUGCUGAACACGUAUACAAAUCGGGUUGUUAAGGUUUACGGAAAGGACGAGAAUUUCAGGCCUCUUAAUAUUGCGAUAUACCAGGGGCAGCCGCAGAAGAAAGGGGUAACCACAGUCGCGAUGGCGGCCUCGAACAAUCCCCUUUUACAAGAAGCAGAAGUUCGAGAUCCCAUUCUCAUCACCACUGGAGUUGGCAAAGUUCGAUUCUAUAUGUUCACAAAUGAUGAGGAGAUUUCUAAAUCCGAACGAGAUAUCCACAACGAAAAACCAACAAUCCUCAACGCGAAGAAAGCCGUCGAGGCAAAAGCAGCACAGACUGGAACAGCAGCCGUUAUCCACACGUCAUAUGGAGAUAUCCGUAUCCGCCUCUUCCCGGAUGCGGCGCCAAAAGCCGUGGAAAACUUCGUUACCCACUCGAAGCAAGGAUAUUAUAACAAUACCAUCUUUCACCGAGUUAUUCGCAAGUUUAUGAUCCAGUGUGGUGAUCCUCUAGGGGAUGGGACUGGCGGCGAAAGUAUCUGGGGGAAAGAAUUCGAGGACGAAUUCAGCACCUUGAAGCAUGACAAGCCGUACACUGUCAGCAUGGCGAACGCGGGGCCCAAUACGAAUGGAAGUCAAUUCUUUAUUACGACUGAGAAGGCUCCUUGGCUUGACAAUAAGCACACCAUCUUCGGCAGGGCGAUACAAGGGCUGGAUGUCAUACAUAAGAUUGAGAACACGAGGGUCUACAAAGAGAAACCCGAGGAAGACAUCAAGAUCCUCAACAUAGAAAUCCUGUAA